AUGGUCAAGACACUCUCCUUCGGCGACAUCCAAGUCCCCUCUCCCGGCUUUGGAGCAAUGGGUCUUAGUUUCGGGCUGGGAAGCAAACUUUCCUAUGAAGAAGCUGAGCCUGUGCUGCUGAAGGCAGUGGAAUUGGGAUGCACCUUCUGGGAUACUGCGGUUGUGUAUGCUGCCGGAGUGAAUGAGAAGCUUCUUGGCGAUUUUAUCAGAAAGCACAAUCUCCGUGAUAAGAUCUUCAUUGCCUCUAAAUGCGGAUUCAACGCCUUUGGGGACGGCAGCGUUACCAAUUCCCCCGCUCAUAUUAAGGAAUAUAUCGAAGGAACGAUUGAGAGACUCGGCUUUACUCCCGAUCUCUACUACCUUCAUCGCAUUGAUCCUAAAACGCCCCUUGAAGAGUCAAUCCCCGCCCUUGAUGAGAUUCGACGCGCAGGAAAGACCAAAUACAUUGGUCUGUCUGAAUGUUCUGCUGCAACGCUACGCAAGGCCAACUCUAUUGCCAAAAUCGACGCUCUCCAAGCUGAAUACUCAGCCUUUGAGACAAUCCACGAAACAGACGGCCUAAUAGAAACUGCUAAAGAGCUCGGAGUGGCCUACGUAGCAUACAGCCCACUCGGACAUGGAUGGCUCGUGGACAAUUUCGACUACAACUCUCCAGACGACUUUGCACCGGACGAUUUCCGACGAGGAUCCCCCAAAUUCCAAGGCGAAAACUUCUACAGAAACCGCGCCAUCGUCGAAGAAGUUAAGUCCCUCGCCACCAAAAAGGGCGUCACAACAUCCCAGAUUGCACUCGCAUGGGUCGCUGCUCAGGGCAUGAUUGCUAUCCCCGGCACAACCAAGCCGAAGAGGUUAGAGGAGAACUGGGCGUCGAGGGAGAUUGAGUUUACGCCUGAGGAGUUCCAGGAGAUGAGGAGGAUUAUUGAUGCUUCGAAGCCGGCUGGGAAUCGAUAUGGGGCUGUUCAUCAGGCUAUGGUUGGACAUUAG